AUGGAAAGAGACAUAUUUGAAGAAACUGUUGAGGAAAAGAUUUUUGGCGAUUUUAGUUUUGAUAAUUAUCCGUUUGUUAAAGAAAACAAAUACGAUGUAGUUGAUAUACGACAGUUGACUUGUAAAUUCUUGCACAAAAUAAUAGGUAAAGAUAAAUUUGAUCCAGAUAAAUUUGACAAGAUUAUGAUUAAAAUGUCAAAAAUAUUUGAAGUACAUAUUAUUAACACAAUUGGCAGUAACGAGAACAUAAACAAUGAUGAUGACAUGGAUAGAUUAGAGGAUCAGAUAAUUGAACAUUUAUCAUUAGACAUAUCCAAAUUAGCAAAAUUAUUUGCCGCAUUCUCUACAGAAAUUAUUAAUUCCGACGAAUAUGGAAUGAUUGACUUAAGGCCAUAUAAAUUAUCUGGCAUCAAUACAUCAGUAUUAAAUGCUGGAAUAUUUUCUAGAGCUGGUAACCAAGUUAAAUUAUUUCAAAUAAUAAAGCAUUUAGGAUUUUUAGAUGAUACCAACUUUUUUGAAGAAUAUAAUAAAAGGAUUAAUAAUAAUGUAAUAGACAACAAAACCACACUUCAUAUUAUGAUCAAUUCCAUAGCAAGUAACUUGACACCCUUUGGCACUAAUCACACGACAUUCGGGAUAAAAUCGUUAGAUGUAGAUAUGUCAUUUGCUCAAUUGCUUUAUCGAAAUGUGGGUGGUGAUGAUACGACUAAACAGCAUGCAUCACAUCGGUUUGAUCCUGCCAUUUUGCCAAGUUUAACAGAAAUGCAUAGAAAUACUAUUAAGUUCAUUCCUUCAGAGGACUACCGACUCGAAUUUAAGUUUGAUAAGAAUAAAAAAACAGUGACAAUCACGAAGCUUUACAUACAUCCACAUUGGAUUGAAACUUUGUGGAAUAUUGUAAUGCUUGAGAUGAGAUCAAAAUGCGAACCGAUAGUUGGUACUGUAACUUGCUUUUAUACGGGUGCAAUCAAAAGCAAAGAAGAUUUCUAUCUUGCAUAUCAGCUUGGCAUGAUUUAUAGUGGGCCAAUGAAUUUUGCAAGAUUUCACGAUAUUAUGUGCAAAAUUUCUGAAGUAAGUCAUUAUAAUUCAACUCUUGAAGGCACUAAAACUGUUGAAAGUCUUGUGUCAACCGUGGAAGCAUUGAAAAACAAUACUAUUUUGCAGUUAUAUAUAAUUUCAGGAGGAAAUGUGUGGAUAAGAAUUGUUAAUAUUUCUGCUACUAUUAUCUUGAUACUUACUCUGGUGCAAACUAUUGUAUCAAUUCUGUCUUACAAAUUAACUCUCGAACAAACGUAUUGA